AUGCGGAGUUCAGUGGGCCGCAUCGCGGAGACAUUGGUAACUACUCAUACUGGCUUGGCGUUAUGCUACUUCGAGCUCCUUAAAGACACUUGUCUUUGCUUAAAUCUCCACCGAAUCAAAUAUCACUCAAACCAGCAGCUACCUCUCACUCUAGUCUAUCGUCCACCUCGCUCCCAACAAUCAAACAUACCCUGGACACACUGGUCUCAUAGUUCAACCUAUUCAGCUUCUUUACGAUUACCCAAGCAAGCCAUCAUGGGUAGCAGUGCUCCUUCGGACGUUCUCAUCGAAGUCAUCACUCAACCCGAGGAUUUCCACCAGGCUGCCGAGGUUGCUAUCAAUGCCUUCGGUCACCAGGUACACGAUGGAGUGUACAUUGCCAUGACACCCGGCUGGGACACUCCGGAGGGAGUCGCAGCCAGCGGCGAGCGUCUCGCGAAGCGCUGGCGUUCGGUAUCCAAGGACGUAAAUGGUCGGCCGAACACGAUUUUCCUCAAGGCGACUGUUCCAGACCCGGAGAACAGCGCACAGCGUCGGAUUGCUGGUCUGGCCAUUUGGAUGCAAGCCUCGGCUGUCGAAGGACACGGCGAGCCGCAGCCGACGGAUCUGAAGAAGGCUCUCGGACUCGAGUCGCUUUACCCCGGAAAUGAGGCUGAGCAGCGGUAUCUUGCACAGUGCAUUGCUUCGCUUCAGAAGCAGCGUGCCGAGGUCAUCAAGCAGACGGCGACAAAGAGCCCUCCGGCUGUUUUCGUUCUGGACCUGUGCGCCGUGGAUCCGAAAUUCCAAGGCAGAGGCGCUGCCAAGAAGCUGGUGCAGUGGGGUCUGGAAGAGGCCCAACGAAGAGGCGGAAUUGAGUGCAUUCUUGAGGGAUCUGCCAUGGGUAGACAUGUUUACUCAAAGCUGGGCUUCAAACAGGAGGGACCGGAGAUCGAGUACGUUGUUGAUGAGGAAUUUGCGAACCGUGACAGGCCGUCGAAUAUCUUUAUGCGCACAGGCAACUCUCAGUAA